AUGUUAAUUCCGCUCAAUAAAACCUCCGUGAAGCUGGAGAUGCGGGUACAAAACCGUGCCGGUCUUACCGGUACUGUACGAUGGGUUGGCGAUGUGGAUAGGAGGAACAAUCCACUCGGUGUGAAAGGAACCUAUGUCGGGGUCGAGUUUGAUGAGAGCACGGGGUCGCCAGAGCGCAGUGAUGGGGCCUGGGGGAAGCAUCGCUACUUUACAUGCUCCCCCGGAAAAGGCGAGCUCUUAAAACCCAAAAAUGUUUAUGCCGAGAUAAACUCCAAAGUUGUCGCCUCACUGAGGCAACGCUAUGGAGAGAAGGUUGCAGAUUGGCACGACUUUGAAUUGGUAAAGUUUUGCAUCGCCCGCAAUUUUGAAAUGGGGGCAGUGUACACCAUGAUGGAGAAUCAUUUUGAGUGGUUGGAAAAAUUUCAACCAUCCGACGACGAGUACUUUCCGGAUUCCAUGUGUGAGGAUUACCCGUGCGGUUACAGUGGCGCAGUCGACUACGACAACAACAUUAUCUAUUGCGAGCGCCCCGGUAAUGCGGGGAAAUGCACACCCGCUGCAUAUAUGGAACGCUACUCAACCGCCGUGAUAACGCGUUGGCACGCUUGUGCGAUGGAAAUGGGGAAAACAAUUAUGAGGGAAAGCAACUACAAAUUCAAGCGCGUCUGUUACAUUGUUGAUAUUUCCAAUGUUGGUUUCACUAUGAAUCGAUCUCUUAUUGCAUUCGGGCGAACAAUCGCCGCAAUUGAUCAGGCGAAUUAUCCAGAGCACCUGGGGAGACUGAUAAUUGUGAACUGUUCGAAAUUGUUUCGUGUGCUGUGGAAGAUGAUUCGUGUGUUUAUUGAUCCUGAAACCGAUAAAAAAGUAAGUUUUGUGGCGCCUGGUGCUGGGGUGAGUGUGCUAAAGCAGUUUAUGCGCGAGGAGGACAUUCCUGAUUUCGCCGGGGGGCCAAGUAAGGCAUGGCGUACCAACAAUGGCCGCAUUGGUUCAGCCGAUCCCCUUAUGGAGUUCAAAGGAGUGACAGUCUUGCAAAGCAUCGCGUCGGAUGAUCUGCCAGAGGUUUUCGAGGAGCUGGAUGAAGAGAAUCUUUCUCAGGAAGAUAAAAGGAACAACAGUUCCAGUGCUGCCGGCUCCUCUGGAUCUAAUUCGGAUGGCAGCAGAAUAAACGGUUUAGCCCAUUGA